GGUUGUAGGUGGUGGAAAAGCAAAAGUGGAUAGAUGACUAAGGACAAAAGAGUCAGAAUUUAAGAAAUGUCAAACUACCCUUCCCUUUUCUGAGAAAAGCUAAAUCUUUAACUGACUUUUUGUGUUUUGUACUGAUUUACUCUCCCAAAAUGAGAAAAAAAAAUGACUAAAACAGGAAACUUUCAUUGGUGUUGAAGCAAUGAUACAAAGGUGGUUCUGGUUGAGGAAGAACGUUGCGGCAUGUCUCUUUUAAAGUUUAGAGGUAGUAUUUUGGGUCAGAAAAGUUGGGUUAAAAUCCCUGCCCUAUCGCUUUAAGCUGUGUGAUAAUGUAAAGUUUUUUGAGUUUGGUUUUGUAACCUGCUUUCACCCAGGUUUUCACCUGUGAAAGAAAAGAAAAGAAAGCAUUGUUGUCAUUAUGUGGGUGCUUUAAAUUUUCCUCGAAGGUGAAAUAACAUACUCUCUUAGCCAACUUCCAGCUCCAGACUUGGAUAUUUUGUUAAUGUAGUCUUCUUUUCAAGUCUGUCCUUUGUGUUUUCUCCUAUAGAUCUGGCAGGAAAAAAAGAAAGAAGCAACUGAAGAAUGAGAAACCAUACAGCAAUAACAGAGUUUGUCCUCUUGGGAUUGUCAGAUCACCCAAAGCUUCAGAUUGUGAUUUUUGUCUUUCUGUUCAUCACCUACAUGCUCAGCAUCACUGGGAACCUGACCAUUAUCACCCUCACCCUGCUGGAUUCCCAUCUCCAGACCCCCAUGUAUUUCUUCCUCAGGAAUUUCUCCUUAUUAGAAGUUUCAUUCACAACUGUCAGCAUCCCCAGAUUCCUGGGCACCAUUAUUACAGGAGAUAAAACCAUUUCCUUUAAUAACUGCAUUGCUCAGUUAUUUUUUUUAAUUCUCUUGGGGGUCACUGAGUUUUACCUUCUGGCUGCCAUGUCCUAUGACCGCUACGUGGCCAUCUGCAAACCCCUGCAUUACGUGACUAUCAUGAAUCGCAGAGUCUGCGCACUGCUUGUCUUCUCUUCAUGGCUGGCUUCAUUCUUACUCGUAUUCCCUGUGCUCAUGUUGCUGUUAAAGCUUGAUUACUGUAGAUCUAACAUUAUUGACCAUUUUACCUGUGACUAUUUUCCCCUGCUGCAACUUUCUUGUUCAGACACAAAAUUCCUAGAGAUGAUAGGUUUUUCCUGUGCUGUGUUUACUUUAAUGUUCACGUUGGCAUUAGUAAUUCUGUCUUACAUAUAUAUCAUCAGGACAAUUUUGAGAAUUCCUGGUACUAGUCAGAGGACAAAGGCCAUUUCCACAUGUUCUUCCCACAUGAUUGUCUUAUCUAUCUCUUAUAGUAGCUGUAUUUUCGUGUAUGUUAAACCUUCAGCAGAAGAGAGGGUGUCUUUGAGCAAAGGCGUAGCUGUACUAAACAUCUCAAUAGCUCCCAUGCUGAACCCUUUUAUUUAUAGCCUAAGAAAUCAACAAGUCAAGCAAGCUUUCAUGGACUUGGCAAGGAGGACUGUAUUUUUCACAAGCAAAUCAAAAGAUGUGGUGUCAUGAAUAGAGGCACACAGAAGGGCACUUUAAAAAUAAACAUGAAUUUUAAGUAUCCUGUUCAAAUCAAAAUGGCCUCCCUUUCAUUCAUUUUCUUGCAUUCUUUUUUUUUAUUUUUCUCUAGUAAUUCACAGGGAUAUUUGUUUAAUAUAUUUCUCAUCUCCCUAAAAUAAUUCUUUCAUAUCUUUCUGACUCCAUCUUCUUCUAGACAAUUUUAUUAACCAUAAUUUUUUCCACAAUAAUUAUUUUGA